AUGAAUAAAAUUGAAAAUAGAGUCGAAGAUAAACUAAGCGAGAUUUUUCAAAAAAUUGAACUAUUUAAGAUAGAGAAACAGUCACGGGAAACAAAUGUUCCAAGGAUUGAUCCAAGUCAAUUGCGAAUACCAGAAAUUAAGCAACGCCCUAACCAUCCUAGAAUAACUAAUCGUUUAGAGUCAAAGUUGGCAAAUUUUAAAUUUGCUAGAGGGUUCGUUGCUAAAUCCUCGAAUUUUCCUGAUAUUUUAAAGGUCAUUCAUUGGUUGGCUCCCGAAAAGAUGGUGCAUGAGAGUGAUGAUAAUGAGAAUUACAGACAACCAUACAAUAUGAAAUGCGAAAUUUUUAGGUAUAAAAAGUUUUUUUUCUCUUCUGAAUUAUGUUUUGAAAGGGUUCCAUAUGCUGAUAAAGGCAUGGAUGAAAUUGUAUCCUAUGUUACAAGUGGUGAUAGAGAAAAAAUUCCGGUUUGUAAAGGAGAUGAAAAAGAUAAAGAAAUUCAUAAAGAAUUUGUAACCAUGAUUGAAAUGGCAUGGCAACAUAAACCAGAAUUUAGAGCUCACUUAAGUGAAUUAUAUCGAAUGCUUUCAAAAAUGGCCUCAAAAUAUGUUAUAUCCAAUUACCUUUUGCCUAAUAAAACUAUAGAUUGUGAUAAUCUAUCAAAUUCGUUGUUGUUGGAUAAUAAGGAACUUUAUUAUACUGCUCCCCCAUGUAGUGAUAAUACCAAUAGCAACACAAUUCAUAACAGUAAAUUUAUUAAUAACAAGAUAUCCAUACAAUUACCCGAUAUAAAAGUUAUUCCAGAUAAUAAUAGAUUUGGAAAAAUAAAUAUUCCGGAUCACAUUAAAUUAAUAGAACCUAAUAUCACUAUCAGUAAUGGUAGAAAUUCAAUAGCCUGUAAUAAUAUUAAUUGCAUAAAAAUCUCGGAUUUUGUAUCAGUGAAUGCAAAAAUCUUUCAAGGAAUCUCAGUUAAUUCAUUUUUUCAAAUUGAACAACUGUACUCACUAAUUAAUGAUAAAAAAGUUGAAAUUGAUAAAAUGCUAGGCUCUCAACCUGUUUAUGCUUUAGGUCCUUAUUUUCAGCAAGGCUACUCUGUGCUAAGCGUUGCCUGUUGG